AUGGCCAUGUCUCUAAAAACUGUCAUCAAAGAAAUCUUCAACGCUAAUACGAACUUUCAAAAUGCUCAACAAGCGAUGAACUUCGCACAUUCUUUGGAUGCUUUGUCGGGAGAUUUGUAUACUGAUCCGAUGCGGUUUCUUUUCGAAUUGAUUCAGAAUAGCGAUGACGCGUACAAAGAUCAUCCGACGAAGAAUCCGUUACUACGUUUGACUGUGAUCGACGAAAGUUAUUUAAUCGUGGCCAAUUAUGGUAAAGGCUUCGAUAAGAAUGACGUUCGAGGUGUGUGUGGUGUUGGAUGUGGAACAAAACGAAAAGACCGAGACAAAACAGGUUAUAAAGGCCUGGGAUUCAAAGCCGUUUUCGGUCAAUCGGAAUAUGUUUUAAUUGCCUCUAAAGGUGAAUACUUUCGUUUCGAAGCGGGUGCAAAGGAAUUUCAAUGGAACAUCAAGUGGGGAAAAGAUCGUGCGAGUUGGGAAGCGACUAGUGGGCAAAAGUUCAAGUUUCCCUGGCAGAUAUGUCCGAUAUGGACGGAGAAAACUGAAUUACCCAUGUCGAUUCAACAGUGGUUAUUUUCUCAACCGGAAGCAGUCGCGUGCAUUAUUCGCGUGAGUAAUAUAUCGGAGAUAAAAAAAUCAUUAAGAACGUUGAGCGAUCAAGCACACGUGUUUAUGUUUCUUCGACGCGUUCGAAAUAUUCGAAUAUCGAUAGAUUCAUCCAAUGAAAUUGUACUCCAGAUCAGCCAAUUGAAAGAUAAGUCGAUCAAGAUUUGGAAUGGAGAUGGAAAUCUCAGCUCCCAUUGGUUGUUACAUUCGUGUCUGUUACCUGUUCCCAAAGAAGCGCUGAAAGACAGUCGUCUGCCAGAAAAACUAGAAGGAAUCGAAGAAAUCGAUUUGACUUUGGCAAUAAAGAUUAAUCAGAAUGAUUGUUUUGUACCUGUGAGAGGUAGUGACAGUAUUCUGUUUGCCUACCUUCCUACAAAAAUUUCCAUGUACAAUCUACCAGUUUUAGUCAACGCCCAAUUUGAUAUCAACGCCAGUCGAGAACACAUACGAAUAGAUUCGUCCUGGAAUCAGUGGCUAUUCUCAUGCAUUCCUGAACAAAUGUUCAAAUGGGUCCAAACUCUAACGAAGGAGCAGAAAUGGACGGAUAAAGCGUACGACUUAUUACCCAAUCGCUUAUCGGUGAAAGAUCAACUUGCUGAACAAUACAAUAAAGCACUCGACAGCAGUGUCAAAACAGUUCCAUUCUUGUUCGGAAUCCACAAAAAUUCUUUACUGAUUAGUCAAGCAGUUGUUGAUUUAACCCUCUUUUCAUCGGACGAUUGUCUUGGGCAUGAGCUCGUUCGAGAUUACGUUGCACAAACAUCAUCACCGCCAUUGCGUUUGCCGGCAAACCCUUUCGUGCGUAAUCACCAUCGACUUCGAAACCUAGGAAUUCAACAAUUCACUUGGGAAAAAUGCUGGCAAAUGUUACAUUCACCAUGGUUUUUAACUCGAUUGAAUCCUGACCGAGCAAUGAUCUUUAUCACCUAUCUUUAUCAACAGCGCGAGUCGACCCAGUUCAAGAAACGUAUCUAUGAGAUUCCGUUUCUUCUCGAUCAAUACGGCCACCUGCGCAAAAUCAUGGAUGUCUAUUUUCCAUCUCGUUUCAGUACUCUUGAUUGGAUGAUUGUAGAAGACAGAGAAUCUUUCGUGCAUUCGAAAAUUAUGGAUUGGCUUGCCGAUCAACCCGCAAUUAAAACCUGGCUUCGCAAACUCGGUAUUCACGAGCGCACUGAUAUUACUUUCAUUGAGGAAUUCCUCAUUCCACAAGUCGAUCGAUACAUCACACCGGACAACUCCAUGGUUACUAUUGAACGCUUGUUCAAUCUAUUUCGAAAUGGUUCAUUGACGACACGUCAUUGUUGUGAUUUAUGCCGAUUAAAAGUAUGGACUGUCGAUCGCAAUCUAGUUCCAGCUUAUCAACUGUAUUUCUCCAGUUCGUAUCUACCGCACUUAGCAUUGGAUCAAUACGAUCUUGACCGACGGUUAUUUCUCUGUUCAUCUUAUUUAGAGAUCAUUGAAGACGCAAGUAUUGAUCAGUGGAGACAUUUCUUUCAAUCUCUUGGUGUUCAAGAGACUGUCAGUGUAAUACAGUUCACUGAUCGUUAUCAUGACGAACUAGUAGCUGCUUAUAUCAAUAUCCAGACAUCGCGACUUCCUCCAUAUGCUCCACUAUUCGGAUUUAAAAAUCAUCUCACGAUUAAAUUACUAGAACAAACUCAGAGGAAUUAUCAAUUCUCGGUCUUUUUCUGGGAUUAUGUCAUGCGUAUGCUCAAUGUUCGAGUAUUACUCGAAAAGGAUAUUCUUUACAGUCAACGUCAGGUGACUGUCGAAAGUUUGCCACAGUGGUGUGUUCAAACACGGCCGUGUAUUCCAACAACAAGUGGUCAAUUAUUGCCAAGCAUCCAUAUCUUCGCCAAUCACCUACGAACCAUUGUUGGCCCGCAUUUACCUGUGUUUGCUUGUAACCUACCUAACAUACUUCCUGAACUCUGGCAGCAAUUCUUUCAGUUCAAAAUAGAGUUAUUCGUUGAAGAUUAUUUCGAUUUACUGGAGCGUAUUCAUCAUUCAUCUUCUCCUCUGAACGAUGAAGAAGAACAGCGUAUUCAGCUGAUCUACACGGGACUAAUCAAUCAAAUUCGCCUGAAAAAUUACAAAAAGAAGAAAUCACUCUUUCUUCUCAGCACACAAAAUCAACAGUUUCAUGUCUCGAAUGAAUUAGUGCUUUCCAUCGAUAAAGAUUUGAUUUUACCUUCAAGUGUCAAACAAUUGAAACUCAAUGACGAAAAUGUCCGCCAUCCGCAUCUCGGAUUGCUGCUCGACGUCGUCCAAGUACGAGCAGUCACUCGUGCUGAUCUUUCCCUAUCGAAACAGAUUAUCUAUCAUCCCUCUCGGUCAUUAUCCACCAAAUUACGAAACAUACAACCGUACCUCUUUGCGUUGGCUGAGCAUCACAAAGUGAACGAUCACGCGAUCGACUGCGAUUUAGUCAUUUUCGAGGCGGACCGUCUCGAAUUGGUUUACAACAAUGAAAUUUUCAUUCAUGAAGUGCCUGUGCAUCUACAACAGACUCAGUUGUAUGUCAAACGGCCUUGGUAUGGUGAAGAGACGAUAGCAGCACUUCCGCACAUUCUAUGCAAGCAACUUCGAUUACCAGUUCAUUUCGAAGCGGAACUAGACCGUAUGUUGAAAGAAAGAUCGGUCAACGGUGUCGAUCGAUACUUUCAGGUACAAAAUAUUCUCAUUCAGCCCCACUUUUUCUAUCCGGAAUUGUUGACCAUCGGUGGAUCUCGAGAGAAAUUUGCUACACAGAUCGAUCGAGACAAUAAUAACUUGUUCUAUCAUUUACCUUCGUCGUUGACAACAACAGAACUAUUUCUCGCUGCUCUCGAAGCGCAAGAUUCCAAAUGGAGUGGAUACGUUUAUCAUUUCACACACUUAGAGAAUGCCGUGGCCAUUAUUCGCGAACGAAAACUGAAAGCACGUGGACACAUUACGAAUUUCAAAGACUGUGCUGCGUUCAAUGUGAUCAAAGGAACUCGUUCUCAAGUGAAAAACUUCGCUCGAUUCUACUUUCGUCCAUUGACACCAACGCAACGCUGUAAUGAAAACCUGAGUUCAUCUGAAUUGAUCUCGCGCUUCGCUAUUGAGAACCUGCAAUGGAAAGUGAGUCUGGGUAAUAUGGCCAGUCCACACACGGAGUUCGACUGCACAAGUGAAAUCGUCAGAAAAUUCGAUUUCCACUAUGUUUAUGCUGACUUACGAACUGAACGGGGCAAAUAUGCGUCUCAGCAAGAAUUUUUGAUUGAGACCGAGUUGGAUUUUGAUCUCCUGAAUAACACCGAUAUCGAGCUUUUCGUUCAAAAUGAGAAUGCUUAUAAGAGCCUAAGCUCUUUCUUCGAGACAUGCCGCUACUCGAUUGAUAUCGACUUGCAGUACUUCUUCGACUAUAAUGGUCGAGUGAAUGUGAAAUACUCUCAGACUACUCCAACCAAGAUUUCUAUUUCCAUAGAUUAUCCGAAAAAAUCGGCGGAUGAUACGCUGGGACAGUUAUUCCUGCAGAUUAAAUCGAAAGCUCCAACGAAAACUAUUACUGGUAACCUUCUCGGUGUUUUUGAACGCGAUGGCAUUUACACUAUUUUGGGUCGACAACGAAUUUCGUUCGUUCCCGAGUCCGAACUUCUUCAAUACGCUGUAUUCUAUCGAUAUGACACGCAAAUAUGGCUCGUCUACACGAACUACAACGACCCAAUUUUUCGUGUUCCAACGCGAGAAGAAUCCGAUGAUGAACCAUUGUGA